AUGGUUAGAACAAGAGGGUUAGGUCGUGCCUCAGGAACUGGUAGAGGCAGAGACAUGAGUCAGGAUGCGCAUCAGCCUGAAGUUCCUCAGCGUCGUAGGUCUAUUGCUUCAGUACGUAGGCAACGAGUUCAUGUGACUGAGGACGUUACUCAAACACCUGAGGAUGUACCUCAGUUGAAUGAGGAUGUUUCUCAUGUGUCUAACGUUACUCCGGAGAUGACAGGUGUCGUCGAUGCUGCGGACGCAGAGGGAGUGGCUAUUAAUGGUAGUGAGGAUUCAUCUGCUGUUGAUGAGGGAUUCCCUGGUGGGCCACGCGACCCAUCGGUUUUGACUGGUUUUGCCAAGCAUGUGGCACAUAGCAUCUGGAGUGGAGAGGAACGACCCGAGCUGAAGUUGGUCUCUCACGGUAGAAAAGUAGAUAAAUUUGGGAGACCAACGCCUGAGAUAGAAGACAUGAUUGCGGCCACCGGAUUGAGUCCACUGAUCAGGUGUUCGGUAAUCACCACUGAUCCUGGACUUAUAUCCGCGUUCGUUGAGAGGUGGCAUAGGGAGACCAGCACCUUCCACCAGCCAGUAGGAGAGUUGACGAUCACUCUGGAUGAUGUAGCGUCACUCCUACACCUUCCCAUCACUGGCGCGUUGCAUACCUUUGAGUCGUUGGUUACUUCCAAGGCGGUCGUGCUGUUGACGGAGCUGCUUGAGGUCAGCUUUGAGGAGGCUAAAGCUGAGACCCGUCAGGCGUCUGGGCCUUAUGUUCGAUUGUCCUGGCUCCGGGAAAUGUAUCAGAGCAGGUGUCAGGCCAGACGUUGGGUUGUAGCAGCCCGCGCGUAUCUCCUCCACUUGGUCGGUUGCACUCUUUUCGCUAACAAGAGUGCAACACAUGUUUAUGUCGUGCACCUGGAGGCUUUCAGGGACCUGGCCCAAGCAGGGGGAUUCUCUUGGGGAGCAGCAGCAUUGGUGCACUUGUAUGACCAUCUGAAUGAAGCGUCGCAGACCCUUACACGGUAG